AUGCAUCUUGCACGCUCGACAACCAUCGUCACAUCUGCUAUCGUCCUUCUGGCCACACUCUUUCUGACGCAUACCUACACAGACCUCUUCACCCGUCUAUCCAUCCCCUUCUUCAAGGCCAACGUCACAGACACAGAUACAGGCACCAUGGGUGGCGGUCCAGGUCAAGGCUUCCGGUCGGUGGCCUACUUCGUCAAUUGGGCAAUCUACGCCCGCAAACACCGUCCACAGGACCUCCCCGUCGAGAACCUCACCCACAUCCUCUACGCCUUCGCCAACGUCCGCGCCGACUCGGGCGAGGUCCACCUCACCGAUGGCUGGGCCGACACGGACAUCCACUGGGAGGGCGACAGCUGGAACGAUGCCGGCACGAACCUGUACGGCUGCCUGAAGCAGCUCAACUUGCUGAAGCGCCGCAACCGCAAUUUGAAGGUCCUGCUGUCCGUCGGCGGCUGGACCUACUCGUCCAACUUCAAGGGCCCUGCAAGCACGCCCGAGGGCCGCGAGACCUUUGCGCGCAGCUGUGUUGACCUCAUCAAGAACCUCGGUUUCGACGGUAUCGACAUCGAUUGGGAGUACCCGCAGACCCCCCAAGAAGCCUCCGACUUCGUCGCUCUCCUGCAGGCCGUGCGCUCUGCCAUGGACCAGUACGCCUCGACGCUGCCCGAGUGGUACCACUUCGAGCUCACCGUCGCCUGCCCCGCCGGCGCCCAGAACUACCAGAAGCUCGACCUGCCCGCCAUGGACGCCCUGCUCGACUUCUGGAACCUCAUGGCCUACGAUUACGCCGGCUCGUGGGACAGCGUCGCCGGCCACCAGGCGAACCUGCAGCCGUGCCAGGCAAACCCGCGCUCGACGCCCUUCAGCACCGCCGCCGCGCUGGCCCACUACACGGCCCACGGCGUCGCGCCCGACAAGAUCGUGCUGGGCAUGCCUCUCUACGGCCGCGCCUUUGAGAACACGGACGGGCCCGGCACGCCCUACUCGGGCGUCGGCGAGGGCAGCUGGGAGAACGGCGUGUUCGACUACAAGGUGCUGCCGCUGCCGGGGUCCCAGGAGUACCACGACGAGGAGACGGGCGCGAGCUACUCGUACGACGCCGGGCAGAGGAAAAUGGUGACGUACGACACGGUGCACAUGGCGCGGAGGAAGGCCGAGUACGUCAGGGGAUGGGGCCUCGGAGGGGCCAUGUGGUGGGAGAGCAGCGCCGACAAGCCGGGCCCGGAGUCUCUCAUCGGGAACGUUGUUCACACUCUGGGUGGGCCACACGGGUUGGCGCGGAGCGACAACUGCAUUACGUAUCCCGAGUCGAGGUAUGACAACCUACGGAACGGGUUUGAGGGACAGUAG